AUGUCGGAGGACCUGAGCUCCCAGCCCUGGUCCAUCAACAAAGAUGAUUAUGAGCUGCACGAGGUGAUUGGUAGUGGGGCCACUGCGGUGGUUCAAGCAGCCUACUGUACACCCCGGAAAGAGAAGGUGGCAAUCAAAAGAAUCAAUCUGGAGAAGUGCCAAACGAGUAUGGACGAACUCUUGAAAGAAAUCCAGGCCAUGAGCCAGUGCCACCAUCCCAACAUUGUGUCUUAUUACACUUCAUUUGUUGUCAAGGAUGAGCUGUGGCUGGUCAUGAAGCUGCUCAGUGGGGGGUCAGUCCUGGACGUGAUCAAGCAUAUCAUCUCACGAGGGGAACACAAGACCGGGGUUCUGGACGAGGCUAGCAUAGCCACCGUGUUGAAAGAUGUUCUGGAGGGCUUGGAGUACCUGCACAAGAACGGACAGAUCCACCGAGAUCUAAAGGCUGGAAACAUUCUCCUUGGUGAUGAUGGAUCAGUGCAAAUAGCAGAUUUUGGAGUCAGUUCUUUUCUAGCCACAGGCGGCGACAUGACGAGGAAUAAAGUACGCAAGACUUUUGUGGGGACACCGUGUUGGAUGGCUCCAGAAGUCAUGGAGCAGGUUAAAGGUUAUGAUUUUAAAGCUGACAUCUGGAGCUUUGGGAUCACUGCCAUCGAGCUCGCCACUGGGGCUGCACCUUACCACAAAUACCCUCCAAUGAAGGUCUUAAUGCUGACGCUGCAGAAUGACCCUCCCGCACUGGAGACAGGGAUCACGGAUAAAGAGAUGGUCAAGAAAUAUGGCAAAUCGUUCAGGAAAAUGAUCUCGCUGUGUCUACAGAAGGAUCCGGAAAAAAGGCCUACGUCGUCAGAGCUGUUGAAGCAUAAAUUUUUCCAAAAAGCAAAGACUCAUGAGUAUUUACACGACCGGUUACUAGAGCGGGCACCCACAAUAACAGAGAGGUCGAAAAGGGUGCGCAGAGUGCCUGGCUCUAGCGGACGACUGCAUAAAACGGAGGACGGGGAAUGGGAGUGGAGCGAUGAUGAGCUCGAUGAAGAAAGUGAAGAAGGCAGAGCCGCGGUAGCUGCUUUAAGGUCGCCACGUGUUAGAGACGGACCCGAGAAUUCAGAGAUUUUCCGGACUCCUGACCCUUCAAGCAGUAAUCUCCAUCCCCCAGUGGCUCAUCUACCUCAGGCUGCGGCCAGUCCUCAGCCCACAUCACCUCUCAGCCCUCAGGGCCCUGAUGCCUCUGCUUCUGCUGCUGCUGCUGUCCCCACACAGGCUCCAGCUGCUGUAGGCGAUGUCAACGCUGCCAUUAGUUUGGUAUUAAGAGUCAGAAAUUCUAAAAAGGAGCUCAAUGACAUCCGUUUUGAUUUUACACCAGGAAAAGACACGGCAGAGGGCGUGUCCCAGGAGCUGGUGUCCGCAGGCCUGGUGGAUGGCAGGGACUUAGUUGUAGUUGCUGCAAACUUGCAGAAAAUUGUAGACGCCCCUCCAGCCAAUAGGAAUGUCACUUUCAAACUGGCGUCUGGGAUCGAAGGAUCUGAAAUCCCAGAUGACAUCAAACUGAUGGGCUUUGCUCAGCUGAGCAUUAAUUAA